AUGGUCUCACAGGCGCAGCCAAAUUCAGAGCACCUGGUCCGGAUACUCAGUCAAAGCUCCACUGCAGAGAAUGACAACGACAGGGUUUUUCCGACUCAAACAUUCUCUGCUAACAGAUUUAAAGCCCUCGACUAUGUGUUUGAGAGCACCACCAGUCUGAAGGUUAUGAUGAACCUGCUGGCCCUUCCGCCGCCAUACCUCCCUGGGAGCGGUGAGCUGUACCCGGACAGAGGAGAGCUGCCCGAGGCCUCCUACAGGACCCCGUGGAUCAGAGGAAAGCUGAUCUCCACAUGCAAACUGUUUGUCAGUGGUUCUGUGCUUGAGGACCUUGGAGAAAGAAAGCGUCCAGUCAAUUGUCCUGAAAGAUUCAAUGUGACUCUGAGUGAACUGAAAGGGGAUUUUGAGAUGAUACCAAGCUCUAAUCCUGACUCAGUUAACGAGCUAAACCAGGAUGAGUUAGUCUGCCUUUUAAAAGAGUUGCACACUGAAAAUCCACUUCAGGAAUCAUUUUUCAAGUUGACAACUGACCAUAUGAAACCUGGAAAUGAGAACAAAGAUCUUCUCCUGCCAGAAGAGCUCAUCGUUGUUGAUUACCUGCUGCACUUUAAGAGACAUUUACCCACGCUGAAAGUCAAGAUGUCCAGGCUGUGGACGCUCCCUGUGGCCGACCCUCUGCUCUGUUCUACAGGGAAAUUACUCUCGGAGGACUGCGUAUUCAGGCACUGUGCGUCUUAUGGAAAACCUCCUGAUGCAAACACCAGUGACUUUCAGACAUGUGCAGACAUUCAAGAGGAGUUUGGUAAAGAGUCGCUAAUACAAGAAGAGUCUCUGCUGCUGCCGGUUGUUGUGGACACACUGUAUUUGAGCUGGGAGAAGUGCACCGCCUUUUCUAGCAUUUGUGGUCAAAUGGACGUUUCUCCUGAACAGCUGCAUGAGCAACCUCCUGUUCUGGAUAUGCUUCAUAAAGGUAACUAACAUUAUAAAAGUAAAAAAAGAUCAACACAAAUGCUAACAUUUCUCCUUCCUGCCAUCGCUUCAGUUCCAUCAGUAUCGGUGGACAUUUCCCAGUAUGAAGAACCAGAAGAGUCCAGCAACAAGUGCAACAUGGAUGGAGGCCUGAUGGAGUUGGCAGGGCGAGCGUUGCUGCCAUCUGAAAUGGAGCUGGAGGUGACUUUGACGCCAUCUCCCAAGAUGAGUCAAAUCCAAAUCUGUCCGUCAACAUGUGACCUGCAGCAGGAAGAGCUGUCGGCGCUCAGCAGACUGUCUUUGGUGUCAGCGAGGGCUCAGAGCGAGAUGGAGGCGGCUCUUUGGGCAGCGGAGAAGCAUCCAACCUCUGUGGUGGGCUUUCUGUUGGCAGAGCCUCAAAUAUAUGAACCAGUCGUGGAGUUUCAGCCGCUGUCUGAAGCCUGGAGAGUCAGAAAGUCAGAAAAUCAAAGCUUUGUUGGCGUUGAAGACAAACUGCAGUCUCAGAGGGAGACGGGACCCCCCCAGGUGUAUCUGUGCAGCAGCCGCGAGUUCACAGAGAGCCUGACCUCAGAGUCUCCCCCCACCACAGAGGAAAAGAUGGAGGCCUUCAUAAAACUGUCACCUGAACAUUUGGAGAUUGGAUCCGAAACGAUUUAUCCAACAAACAAGACUCAGCUCCGUCAGCCAAAGAAAUGUGAACGUGUUGCUUUUCAUGCUGAAGCUCCUCUGGAGGACUCUCAUCUCCAUAGAGAAACUGUUGCUGACACGUCUCAGAACGCCUUCCUGAUGCACAACACAAACGAUAAGGACGUAAAACCUGCAGCGGUAAUAUUUUCAGACCCUGCUGCUGACACCAACACUAAAGAUAACGUUUCAGAAAAGAGGUUUUCAGAAGUUGCGGCCAUGUUUUCCACUCGUGACACGGACAGGAGAGAACACAGUAAGAGGGAGCAGAGUGCUGUGUCCCCUAGAGACGAUCCCGGAGCUCUGCUUGUUGCAGGACGUCCCGCAGACAAGGAGAUGGACUCUCUGUACUUCAUGAUCCUGAGGUCUCAGCAGAGAGCUCAGGAUACUGCCACACGUCAGAGCUCAUCUCCAGCAGUAAUGGUGGGGCAACAAAAAGCUCCAUCUGAGCUCCAUCAGCCUCCUCCUCCUCCUCCUCCUCCUCCUCUGCAGAGGCAAACAUCAGAUAAGAGGCUGACGUAUUUGAAUGGUGCUGUGUCAGGAAAUGCUACCAGAGAGCAGAAAGCAGCGGUUCAGGCGACGGGUCAAAACAUCCCUCAGUCCGCAGGAUUUGAAGGCCGACAGGAAUACAGAGUAAUACCGGUCCAAGCCACCGCCAGUCAGCAGCAGGCCCACUGUGAGCUGCUGGCCUUCGCUGAGCCUUGUUUGAUCUCUGCCAGGCAGCUGGGGCUCAACAUCCUGGGGCCGGGAGACUUCAGCUGCCUGGCCCCGGACCAAACGCACUUCAUCCUCAAACAGCAGGAGAAGGCGCUCUGCAGGAAACAUGCACAGAGCACGGAGACGGUCAGAGAUCAGGAAGUACUGUUCAACCAGGCGGCUGUGAUUCACGUGCUGGUGACAUUCAAGGAGCUGCUGCUGAAGUGUGACCUGAAGACUGCAUUGGAUUACCUGACCAAGGCAGCGGAGGCGUGUGCGGAUCAGAGUCUGCAGCAGCUGGUGAAGAGGCUGCAGAUCGUCCUCUUCCUCAGUCACAAGAACCAGGAGUCUGACCUCAAACUGCUGAAGCUGCAGCAGCUGCUGGCCGCACAGCUGCAGGGCAGACAAGGACAGAACACAGUGGAGAAAAUUCUCAUCAUGCUAUCAGUCGACUCUGACCACAUCACAUCUCUAAUCAUCAGCAGUUUGAGCAACGUGACCGGUGCUGCUGUAACUGCAGUUUGUCCUGAAGGGGACAAGAAGAAACUCAAUGGAGCCAGUGUGGUCAGCAGAAUGCAUCACAGUGUGUGUGUGGUGGUGCAUGAGCAGCACGUCGGGCCGGACUUCCCCUGGAGCUGCUUCUCUCUGGUGGUGGAGUACGACCAUCCGGGACAGUCACCAUGGGCAACCGUCUGCAGAGAGAGGGGCAUCAGUCACCUCAGCUUCAACACCAUCAUCUCCGACACUGAAGACAACAGAAAAGACUGGUGGUGCCUGGAGGAUAAUGUGCCCAAUGUGCUGUUUGUCACAGAGGGGCUUCUCAACUGUCCUCUGCUGCUACAGACACUAGAGUCAGGAUGUAAUAUAACCGUACUGGAGAGGAGCCACUGUCCAUCCCUGCAGUUCCUCGGAAGGACCCAACACUACUCUGUGAUCACGGUGGAUGAAAGCACCGCUAUCGUCAUUCAGGAGGAGGAUGAGCUGUGUCAGGAGCGGGCGAGUGAGAGCAUAGUGAUGAGGCUGACUGCUCUCUCUCUGCAGUACAACUGCUGUUGGCUCAUCCUGCACUGCAGAGAAAGCCAGGGAGGAGGAUUUUCUAGAGAAGCCUUCAGCAACUUGGUGUUGAUUUAUUCCUCUCUGGUCCUGUUCGGCAUGAAGUCUGAGGAUCUAGACGUCAAGGUGCUGAUGUUGUCUGACGUAAUGGAAAUAUCCAAAUGGAUCAGCCGGAUCUGCUUCCACAGCCUGAUGGCCAGUGAGAGGGAUCCUCUCCACUUCCUGGACAGAGACUGGCUGACUGUGAUCCCGUCAGAGGAGGAAACGUGCCUAUUGCAGUUCCCCUGUAUUAACCCUCUGGUGAGUCAGCUGAUGCUGAGGAAAGCCCCGUCAGUCCAGUGGCUCCUGAGGGCCUCUCUUUCCCAGCUGAAGGAGCUCCUCCCUGAAGUUCCACAAAAAGUCCUCAAGCUGUUCAGUGACACCACCGCCCUGUACACAGAGUCUCAGGCGGUCCUGACUGAGACAACACAACACCCCAGCCUACCUAACAGCCUGUGGACCACCACUGCUGACCCCGAGCUCAACGACUCUGAACCCCAGCCAGAACUAUUCUGUAGUGACGGCAACAGCAGCUUCCUGUUCGAAGCUGAUCGCAGCUUCUGUGAACCGGACACAGACUCCUUCCAGGAGGGCAACACAGACUUUAGACUUGACGUGAGGGCUUCCUUUAGCACUCCAGAGGAUCUCCAACGCCCCCAGAGGAGCUGGACCAGCAGCGGUCAGUGGAGAGAGAAGGACAGAGAGGAGGUGAAGUUUUCCGGCUGGAGAAGCAGAACUGGAGCCGUGGGGAGAGUUGUUGGAAGAGUAAACUAUGAGUGGACUCCAAAGGCUCCAACGAUCCUCAACAUCCAUACUCCCGGAGUCCAACGCAAAAGUCCUUUCAAGCUGGACUCCCCCCUCAGCUUCAGCACCGUCCCGCAGCAGCCAGGCAACGGUCAGAUGUCCACGCACUCGCAAGUCUACAGUGAUCUCCAGCAUCCUGACAACUACGGUCUGAACCCCCCUGCAGAGGUCACGCUGUGGGGUCAAGGCCAAAGAAGCAACAAUUUUCUCAGUGACAGCAGAGACACCACGAUGAUUUCCACUAGCUACGGCACCAGAUGCUGGAUCGGACAAGAGAGGAAGAGGAGGGGCGAGGCUGCAGGUUUAAUUGAAACGGUGAUGACACCGCUGAAGAGGGGGAGGUUAAGCUAUGAGAAGGUGCCCGGCCGAAGUGAUGGACAGACGAGGCUCACGUUAUUUUAAAGGAUCUGAAUGCCUUGUUCCUGUGGCCUGUUUGUAAACAGUCUCAGUUUUAAUUUAUUAAUUACAUAAUUCAAGUGUUUGUUCAGCUAAAAUUACAUUUUACUUAAUGUUUGUUCUACCAAAAAGUUUCUACUUUAAGUAUUUUUUGGAUAAUAAAUGAUUUACAUACUUAGCAUAUAUAUUAUAUUUUUACAAGCAGCCGUUUCAUUCCUGUUCUUGUCUUUAAAAAACAGCUGUGUAAAGGAAAAACAUGAAAUACCAACAUUUUAUUAUUUUUACCAUCAUUUAUAAUGGCUUGUUUUAAAAUGUUAUACUUGUAUUUCCAAUUAUAAACAUAUUUAUUUGAAAACAACUCACAUGUAGUGUUGUUAUUAUCAUCAAUAUCCUGUACUGUUAAACAUUCAUAACUGGAUGCUGGUGUGUAAACUCAUAAUGAAUGUCAAUAUAAAUGUUGUUUUAAAAUGUCUUCAA